AGGAGGGGAGCUGGAGAGGAGACUGAGUAGAGCCAAAGGAAAUAAGAGAUCAGACAAACACAGCAAGCAGCAUGCCGUUUGGGAUAGUAACGCUUUCCACUGUCCGAUACCAUCAUCACUAAGCACUGAACAAAUCUCCAAAGCGGAGGGUAAUGAUGACAUCACAAAUUCAGACUGAUACAGUGUGAUCCAUCAUUCCUGGCCUGACGUUGACAUGGCAACAGGCAGGAAGGGGUCGACCUCGAAGGGAGGAAGCGUGCGUUUCCCUGACGACGAGGAUGCCAUGGGCUCCCCUGUUCACCGUGAGGAAAAAGCCAAGGAUUCUUCCAUCCCUGCUCUCCCAGAGCCUGAUGGGAACUUCCUGGUUAAGGUAGGGUUCCUGAGGAGUCUGCAUCGUUAUGAGAUCGUCUUCACCCUCCCAGAGGUGCCUGUGCUGGGGAAAGAUGUGUGCUCCCUCCCUUCCUCCUCAUCACCGACUCCCAGACCCCUCCUCAAAGUCAACCGUGUCACACCCACACCAGAGGGUGGGGUGAAGGUGACGUGUGAGUACACAACCCACCAGGAGGGGGUGCUGCAGGAGGAGCUGACCCUGGUCAGUCGGGGGAAGAAGGACCAACGUCUGCGGGUCAGACUACAGGCUCGGGUUAUGGAUCGUCACCAUGGUACUCCUAUGCUGCUGGAGGGGGUGCGGUGUCUGGGGGCGGAGAAAGAAAAAAGGAAAUGAGCCGUCUGUCCCUUUAUAUCUUCCCCCUCCUAUAGAGACCAGCCACCGUCCGUCCCUUUAUAUCUUCCCCCUCCUAUAGAGACCAGCCAUCGUCCGUCCCUUUAUAUCUUCCCCCUCCUGUAGAGACCAGCCAUCGUCCAUCCCUUUAUAUCUUCCCCCUCCUGUAGAGACCAGCCAUCGUCCAUCCCUUUAUAUCUCCCCCCUCCUGUAGAGACCAGCCAUCGUCCGUCCCUUUAUAUCUCCCCCCUCCUGUAGAGACCAGCCAUCAUCCGUCCCUUUAUAUCUUCCCCCUCCUGUAGAGACCAGCCAUCGUCCGUCCCUUUAUAUCUUCCCCCUCCUGUAGAGACCAGCCAUCGUCCGUCCCGUUAUAUCUUCCCCCUCCUGUAGAGACCAGCCAUCGUCCGUCCCUUUAUAUCUUCCCCCUCCUGUAGAGACCAGCCAUCGUCCGUCCCUUUAUAUCUUCCCCCUGCUGUAGAUACCAGCCAUCGUCCGUCCCGUUAUAUCUUCCCCCUCCUGUAGAGACCAGCCAUCGUCCGUCACUUUAGAUCUUCCCCCUCCUGUAGAGACCAGCCAUCGUCCGUCCCUUUAGAUCUUCCCCCUCCUGUAGAGACCAGCCAUCGUCUGUCCCUUUAUAUCUUACUCCUCCUGUAGAGACCAGCCAUCGUCCGUCCCUUUAUAUCUUCCCCCUCCUGUAGAGACCAGCCAUUGUCCGUCACUUUAGAUCUUCCCCCUCCUGUAGAGACCAGCCAUCGCCCGUCCCUUUACAUCUUCUCCCUCCUGUAGAGACCAGCCAUCGUCCGUCACUUUAGAUCUUCCCCCUCCUGUAGAGACCAGCCAUUGUCCGUCCCUUUAUAUCUUCCCCCUCCUGUAGAGACCAGCCAUCGUUCGUCACUUUAGAUCUUCCCCCUCCUAUAGAGACCAGUCAUCGUCCGUCCCUUUAGAUCUUCCCCCUCCUGUAGAGACCAGCCAUCGUCUGUCCCUUUAUAUCUUACUCCUCCUGUAGAGACCAGCCAUCGUCCGUCACUUUAGAUCUUUCCCUCCUGUAGAGACCAGCCAUUGUCCGUCACUUUAGAUCUUCCCCCUCCUGUAGAGACCAGCCAUCGCCCGUCCCUUUACAUCUUCUCCCUCCUGUAGAGACCAGCCAUCGUCCGUCACUUUAGAUCUUCCCCCUCCUGUAGAGACCAGCCAUUGUCCGUCCCUUUAUAUCUUCCCCCUCCUGUAGAGACCAGCCAUCGUUCGUCACUUUAGAUCUUCCCCCUCCUAUAGAGACCAGUCAUCAUCCGUCUCUUUAUAUCUCACCCCUGCUGUAGAGACCAGCCAUCAUCCAUCCAUUUAUAUCUUCCCACUCCCUCCUGUAGAGACCAGCUGUCGUAGUGGAACAAAACCAGCACUUACCUGCACUUAGCCACACACAUGCAUGCACCCGUAGUGGCACACACACACCUGAGGCUGAUGGGAGGUGCUAUAGGGACAGCUUAGUGUAAAGACUGGAAUGGAACAUGUGGAACGGUAUCAAACAUAUAGAAACCACGUUUGACUCCGUUCCAUGAAUUCCAUUCCAGCCAUUACAAUGAGCCCAUCCUCCUAUAGCUCCUCCCACCAGCCUCCUCUGACACACAAACACACACACAAACGUUUUUUUUGUGAUUAGCCCUGUAAUGAAGACCAAGGUGUCCAUGAUCACUUAUAGUUCCCCAAAUGUAAAAUGACACAUUCCUCAGUGAGGGAGCCAAUGUGUUUCAACAUCCACUGUAGGUCCAUUAUAUAACCAGGCACUGCAGCUCCUUUGCUUCUUGUCCCUUCUGUCGUUCUGCAACAAGAGCCAAGCGUCAACCAGCCUUAAACGAUCAGAAAUAUGAUUUACAUUUGAAUUAUGCACGUCAAUAUAACCUGUCAUUGUAUUAUGAUUUACACUGAGUGGACAAAACAGUAAGAACACCUUCCUAAUAUUGAGUUGCACCCCCCCAUUCACCCUCUGAAUGUCACACAUACACAAUCCAUGUCUCAAUUCUCUCAAGGCUUAAAAAUCCUUCUUUAGCCCGUCUACUCCCCUUCAUGUACACCGAUUUGAAGUGUAUUUAACAGGUGACAUCAAUAAGGGAUCAUAGAUUUCACUUGGAUUCACCUGGUCAGGCUGUCAUGGAAAGAGAAGGUGUUCUUAAUGUUUUGUCCACUCGUUGUACAGUAGGUGUUCUGUGUGAGCGCCACCUUUCACCAACUAUGUAAGAGUAUGCCUUUUAGUCUGUGUGUCCUGCAAAACUGUCUCUGUAUUGUACUAGAUUCUCCUAUAUCUCUGUCAGUAAAUAAAAUAUCAUGUCAACUGUUAA